AAUAGUCUUAUCGAUCCCCUCGAGGAGACUGUGCCGCCGUCUUGCGAUCUCGAGAAGACGUUGCUGGAUCUCGUGCGAUCUCGCUAGCGCAGACAUACUGGAUCGCCGCCGCGGAUGUAAGGGUCAUGUCAUAUCUCGUCGCCGAUGAGAUACGGGAUCGCCGCCGACGACCUUCCUCAAUCUUUUGUCUAGGGUUCCCCGCCUCCGUCGCCGCCGCCGACGGCUCCAUCGCGGAACCUCACGGCAGGGCAGGUCUCCAAGAAGCUCGUGCUUGUGUGGAGUCGCCGCACUCCGCACACCGCUACCGUAGCGGAUGCCCAGGGCCGCCGCCGCCGCUGAACCCCAUGGACGAAGCCGUCCCACGAACGGCCGAUGCAGGCACCACAACAGCAGCUCGUUACCGAAAUAUCAGGGGCGCAGAUGAUGUACAGGAUCAUCUCGUCCAUGCCAUGGAACAAAGCCACCUGCUUGACAAGCUCCAAACAGAGGAGUACAAGGAACAAAGGAGCAGGACUUGGAGAAGAAGGGAUCUAAAAAUCGAAAAGGCACUGGACUUGGAGAAAGAGAGAGCGCCGUGACACAUUCAGUUGCAGAAACAUCAAUUGCUUGAUUUGUGUGUAAAACCUCUAAUAUAAAGGGGAGUACCUAGGUGGUUUCAUUUGUUUCAUUAGUCCCAUCGAUCAAAGCCCACCCCCACCAAACACCCUCCCAAAGGGCUUACCCAGGUCCACCCAUGAAGUAUCUCAAAGCUUCAUAAGUCAACUGGCUUGGUUGAUUCCUCUGGUUCUCCACUACACAUAUUUCUUUUUCUAGAUUUUUGUAGUUUCUUUCUUUGGCUUAUUUCAUGUAACAUGGGGAUUUCUUGUAAUUUUGUUUUGUUCAUGAAGAUGCAGAAUCAAGAGGAGAACUAAACAAGCUUCUUCUCAGUUCAGAAAAAAAACUCAUUUCUGGCAAUAACUCGGCAAUCCCACUCAAAAGGAGGAGCAGUAUCACUUAACUUGUUCAUCUUACCCCCAAUAUGAAUUAUCAUCCUCGAUGGCCACUCCAGGGAAGGAUUCUGAUCAAGAAUCACUGUUGCUGGAGGUUUCUCGCAAUGCAUAGCACUGAUAGGCAAAACUUCUUUGUUACCCACACCAUCUCUACAAUAAGAGGGUGUGCAUGUGCGAAAAGAAGGAUAUGAUGAUCUACUUAUCAGCUCAUAGGAAUGACAGACUAUUUUUCUUUCUUUAAGUGCUUAUCAGGUAAAGAUUUGUCCACAUGGUAAUAGAAAUCAUAUGGUGCCAAGUGAUGGGGAACUUCGCUAGUUGUGAAGGGCGGCAAGACGACAACUGCUUGCUGAUUUUUAUCGUUGCAUAAAUAUGCUUAUUGUUACAAUUCUUGUCGCUGAGCUGGAGAUGGAAAGAACCAAUCUUACUUUACUGUUGUGUGAGAAUUAUUAGUCUGCAAAUUGAAUACUAAUCCCUCCGUCUCAAAAUAAGUGACUCAACUUUGUACUAGCUUUAGUACAAAGUUAGUACAAAGUUGAGUCACUUAUUUUGGGAUGGAGGGAGUAUUUUCUAUCCUUUGGUGAAAUGACCAAGAGCAAGCACGAUGUUGCCAAUACUUGCGAGAUGAUAGUGUAGUUGGCCUUGACUUCCUUUUCUGGUCCUAACCAAUUUUAGAGAACAGUGUAAUAUUUUUCAUUGUUUAUUAUCCUCGGCGCAUACAAAAAAUUACUUGAGUCUCAGGUAGCCAGGUUGCAUUAUCACCAUCUUACAAAUAUUUUUUGUGCAGGUCUGAGCUAUGUGCAAGGAAGCUCAAGACAUUGGUGGAAAGCACUGUUGGAUCUGUGGUAUCCUGACCCUCUUACUUGGGACUGGGAUAAGUUACAAUCUUACAUGUUCUGAGUUCUGUACUCCCAUGUACUUGGGUCCAAGAAUUUAUCUUGACAUUAUUUUAAAUUUUUCUCCAAGAUGUGCAUAUCACCGCUGAAUUUUUUGCAAUAUAUAAAUUUAGUGUUAUUGUGAACACUUGAACAAUACAUACAGAUGUGUAGAAUGAGAUUGUUGUAUACUGAGGACUGAGGUUAUCCUUUAGUCGUCUAAAUAGUGAAUAGUUUACUGAUGUAUAUUAUUAAUAAGCUUCUAAUAAAUAUGAUUUGCCAAAAAAUUAAAUUGCGCAUACAAGAGUCAGCUAGGUAAAUAUGAUUUAAUAGGUUACUGAAGAUUUGCGAUGAAUAAAAAAUGGCACGGUCAGCUAGGUAAACCGCAGGAUGUUUUCCCCACCGUGGAUGUCUUAUGUCAACCUGCUCUUGGUAAGUACAGUAUGAACUGCCAAAUUUUCAAUGGUACAUGAGUGGAUAAAUUUGGGAUGAUGGUGAAUAUGUUAUCAUCAAACUAAAACAAAUCUAUGCUAUGAUGUAUCUUGAUCAAUCUUCAAUACCAUUUGGGGUAAACGCUCAUGUAGAUAAUCAUGUCUCCUUGAAAUUAUUUGUAUGUAAAUAGUUUUGUGCUAUGGUGUACCUUUGCUGCUCCUGAAAACUCUUAGUGUAAAUGGUCAUGGAGAUAAUUAUGUCUAUUUGAAGUUAUUAGAAAGUAAUGAAAUUCUAUGUUCAUGCCAUUUCUCUUUUCUUUUCAUGAGAAAAAAAUCACUGAAGGAAGGAUCAAAUUAUAUAGCAUGGCCAGAGAUGAGUAACUCGGAGUCACAACUUCACCACCAUUUCCAAACGCAAGUUUGUUGGGAAGUCAAAGUCAUGCGCUAGGUUGAGAGGAGGGGAGGCAUCUGGUAGAGAGAAAUGUUAUCUCAGUGUGGCAUCGAGGACUUGAGAGAAUGUUUGUUUAACUACCAUAGUUUCAAGUCAUUUUCUACUCCUUAGCAACACACAAUUAUCUUAUUAGAAUUUAUACAUGGGUGUUAUUACUUGGUAGAAACAAGUGAGAAUACCACAAUUAUUUGGGAGAAUUUUUAUUACUGAGACCUUUAUAUUUCUUCUAGACAAAAAGCCAACAUCUUUGUUGAGGUUGAAG